AUGAACUCGCGCCGACGCGUGCCUUAUUCGCUUGGCGCGAGUCCGCUGGGGAGUCCGCUUUCGCGGAUACUAGAGCGGCUUCCGAGCGCGGAGGAGGCACAUUUGACGGCGAGUAUCGAGAAGCUGUACGACGAGUUGCUGCCGUCGGAGGAGAGCAGUGUUAAUCGACGGAAACUGAUCAAUAAGCUCGAGAAGCUGUUGAACGAAGAGUGGCCGGGCAAGAGUAUUCGCGUCUUGCCGUUUGGAAGUACGGAGAAUAUGCUGUGCUCGAAUAGCUCGGAUGUGGAUGUGUGCAUUGUCACUGAUUACAAGAAAUUGGAGGAUACGUGCAUGCUUUCCCGGUUCUGGGCCAAUCACAACAUGGAGCGCGUAGUCUGCGUUCCCGGAGCCAAAGUCCCGAUCGUAAAGAUCUGGGACCCGGAAUUCGAAUUCUCAUGCGACAUGAACCUCAACAACCCGAUCGCGCUCGAAAACACAAAGAUGGUGAAGACCUACGUGCAGAUCGAUGCGCGCGUGCGCCCGCUCGCGAUGAUCAUCAAGCACUGGGCCAAGCAGCGCGCGCUGAACGACGCGGCCGGCGGCGGCACGCUGUCGUCGUACUCGUGGAUUUGUCUGAUUAUCAAUUUCCUGCAGCUGCGGACGCCGCCGAUCUUGCCGUCGCUGCACAAGAUCGGGAAUGACCUGCGGCAGGAGAAGAUCGUGAACGGCGUCGACAUUUCGUUCUGCGACGACCUGACGCUGUGUAAUGGGUUUGGAAACAAGAAUAAGGAGACGCUGGGCGGAUUGCUGUUUGCGUUUUUCAAGUGGUACGCGAUCGAGUUUGACUAUGACCGCGACGUGGUCUCGGUCCGGCAGGGACGGCUGUUGACGAAAGCGGAGAAGCACUGGGAUACCUUGCAAAACAACCGGUUCUGCAUCGAGGAGCCGCUGAGCACGCUGCGGAAUCUGGGAAACACUGUCGACGACAUCUCCGCAAAGGGCAUCCUUCUCGAGUUUCGGCGCGCGUACGAUAUCCUCGUCAACGAAGGCAGUCUGUCAAAAUGCUGCGAGAAAUUUGAGUUU